AUGGCCGAGAUUGUUGGUGCGAUUGCAAGCGUGCUCGCUCUUUGCGAGGUCGCUUCAGGAACGCUGAAGCGUGUAGCCGAGCUUCGUCGGGCACCAACAGAGAUCAAUGCCCUACUGGAUGAGGUCAACAGAAUCGGCCAAGCCAUUCGAGCCAUUGAAUCAUACACUGAAGUCUCUAUACAGCCCUUGCAACGAUGUGAAAGCCUUAUUACGGACUUGAAUCAUAUCAUCACGACGAGCAUAAUCCGACAGGGCAAUGACACCACUCGAAUUCGCCGUAGAAACUGGCUCAAGAACAAAAGACAAGUGGUUCAGCUCUAUGAAAAGCUCGAGAAAGAGCGGAAGAUCCUCUGGGAAGCACGCUGUGCGGAAUUACUGUCAGUCCCAUACAUCUAUUCUCUUCUUGAUGAGAUCUUAACUUGGCAUUCCAGGUCAUCAACUCGCCGUGUUGAGCUGACAACGGACACUAUCAAGAAUCAGUCUAUACGCCAUGACUCAAGGGUUCUCAGCAUUGACAAAAGGCUGGGGAACAUGGAGGUUGCUCUAAUCUCGCAACAAUCAGCUAAGCCCUACAACGCAGCUUCCUCAUUGCCUUCCAGCAUUUUCGGAAGGCAUGAUAGGUUUGAUGUCCAGAGCUUUUCUGAGAAGGCCACGUCUGGACGCCCAGCCGAUUGGUGGGAUAAUAUUGUUUCUAAAGAAGAAGAACCUACACAGAAACCAUUGUUUGAUGCUUUUCAUUUUGCAGAUGUCUGUCCAGAACUGUACACCGUUCGAACCGGUGUGCCCAACCUAGUUCAAUCCUACGGCGGAGAGAUUUCCGUCUCAGAAUACAUGCGAGUCUACCAAUUUGCAUUCUCUUACCGCCAACAACCUCGCAAAUGGAUUCGAUUCACCUUACGCGUCACUAUAAGCGUCGAGUCCAAACACUGGAAUCUACAACCGUCCACUGCCAUAGGUCUGAUCAACUUACCUUGCCGCGAGCUACCACAUAGCUUAAUGGUGAGAUUUGAAAAGAUGCUGAUGAGUCUGCGAGGCCUAGAUCAAAACUCCUGUCUCACUCUCUUCAUGGGUAGGAACGGAGAGGAUGUCGAGGGUCAGGAGGAUGAUUCAAUCUUCUCCAUGAAGCUCAGCAAACCGACAUUCGAGAUGAAAGAAUACUUGCAGAAAAUCACGCGCACGAUCUAUCACUGGGGGUGCCCGCGGUACUCUGACCAGCAGUUUGAUCAGCGAGCACGAUUUGGACAUAGUCCGACCAACUCAUUUAUUGUAUGCCUGGGUGCACGAUGGGUAGUGGCCACGCGGUUUGGGCCAGACCAGUCUUCGAUUGAUCGAGACCUAUACGCCAUGCGGAGCUUGCACCAUCUGAAUGGUGCUCCCGGGAUUACACCGUUCCUUUGA